CAGGCUUGCCUUUAAUAACUCGAGUGGGAUUGAGUGUUUUGGGAGGAGGAGGAGUGGAUUGAGUUGCCUAUUUCUAAGGCAAUUAGCAACGGUGGAGUUACUAUUAGAAAAUGCAAUUAUGAGAUAAAGAAUCAUAACAAAAUAGUAGAGGAAAACCUAUGAAGAUUUGAAAAGAGACUUCAAAAAAAAAAAAAAAAAAGACAUGAAGUACUUAGAGAUACAAAAGACUCUAUACAAAAUGGAGCUCAUUAGUAUUUUAAGAUUCAUACAACUACCGACAUCAUUUAGUUAAAUAAGGUUGUCCAGAGAAAAAGUUGCCAGUCAUUAAGCCACCGAUUUUCUUCUCCACUUCAACAACUUUGUACUCUUUAAAUGCUCUCCACCGACCGCUUCAACAACUCCUAUUUUACAAACAUUCCAAACUGUUACGGCACCACAAAGGCAAACUCUCUCUCUCUCUCUCUCUCAACCAAUAUAGGAAGUCAGCAAACAAGAGUACUGUUUCUUAUUUCUCUAAUGGCAAACAGAAACAGCGACCAAGAUGGUGAUCUUACUCUAUCUCUAUUACCAGAGGCGUUACCCCAAAACAGUGCCGCAAAUGACAAAGAUCAGAAAACAGACCUUUCACUAAGGGUCUGGUUAGAGACCAGGAAGCUAUGGAAAAUAGUGGGUCCUGCAAUCUUCAGCAGGGUGGCUACUUUCUCCAUGAACGUCAUUACCCAAGCCUUUGCUGGACACCUUGGGGAGGUUGAACUAGCUUCAGUUUCCAUUGGAAUCACUCUGGUCAUCGGCUUCAAUUUCGGCCUCUUGUUAGGAAUGGCAAGUGCACUGGAAACACUUUGUGGGCAGGCAUUUGGAGCAAAAAGGUACAAUAUGCUUGGAAUAUACUUGCAAAGGUCAUGGACGGUGUUAUUUCUCUGCUGCAUUGCACUUUUGCCGGUUUACAUUUUCGUCACUCCAAUUCUGAAACUGUUGGGACAAAGUGAUGAUGUGGCGGCACUGUCAGGAGUGGUGGCUCUGUGGCUCAUACCCCUGCACUUCAGCUUUGCGUUUUACUUCCCAUUGACAAGGUUCUUGCAAAGCCAGCUUCAGAACAUUGUUAUUGCUUGGGUCAGUUUAGUGGCUUUAUUGAUCAAUAUAUUGACGAGUUGGCUUUUCGUUGAUGUGUUGGAUUUUGGGGUUUUUGGUGCUGUUAUUGCUUUGGAUAUUUCUUGGUGGGUUUUGGCUUUGGGGCUCUAUGUGUAUGCUACUUGUGGUUGGUGUUCACAGACUUGGACUGGUUUCUCUACGCAAGCCUUUUCUGGGCUCUGGGAAUUUAUCAAACUUUCGGUUGCUUCUGGCGUUAUGCUUUGCUUGGAGAACUGGUAUUACAGGAUACUGAUAUUGAUAACUGGUUAUUUGAAAAAUGCCACCAUUACUGUGGAUGCUUUGUCAGUCUGCAUGACUAUUAAUGGGUGGGAGAUCAUGAUUCCUCUAGCCUUCUUUGCUGGAACGGGAGUAAGAGUUGCAAAUGAACUAGGAGCUGGAAACUGGAAGGCAGCAAAGUUUGCAACGAAGGUUUCUGUAAUUGAAUCGACCAUGGUUGGUGUCUUUUUUUGUGUACUUAUAAUCGCACUCCAUGACAAGAUCGCAUACAUAUUCACCACCAGCAGUGAUGUCGUUGAAGCAGUUAAUCACAUGUCUUACCUCUUGGCUAUCACAAUUCUACUUAAUAGCGUCCAACCUGUUUUAUCAGGAGUAGCAGUGGGAUCGGGAUGGCAAGCAUGGGUGGCAUAUAUAAAUCUUUUCUGCUACUACAUUGUUGGAUUGCCACUUGGAAUUUUAAUGGGAUGGGCCUUCAACUUGGGUAUUAGGGGUAUUUGGGGUGGGAUGAUCAUUGGUGGAACCGGUAUGCAAACAUUGAUAUUGGCCACCAUCACAAUUCAACGUGAUUGGGAAAAGGAGGCUGAGAAAGCCACCCUGCAUGUAUCGAAAUGGUCAACCCAUAAACCAGACAACCAAUCAGAGGAGGAAGCACGGUAGCUACAAGCUUGUGAAUUUCGCAUGCAUUUCGUGCACCAUUUCUGAUGCCUAAUUUCAAUCAUUGAUUAAUAAAUUAACAUAAAAAAAAAUAGAGGCGAUGCCCGCCUUGCCCGAUUUACUCUUAAAAUUGUUGAUGUUGCUACCUAGUUUGAAGAACCUUAUAAUGUAAUUGGCGGCGAUGAUCACACGUGCUUGUUGACCACAUGUGUGAAACGGUGACUCUUCCUUAUUAAUUAUGGGUAUAAGACCUUUUUAGUA